GGUUUAGAGAGAGAGAGAGAGAAUAAAUCAAAGAGAAGACAGGAAAGGAGCAGAGCACGCCCCAUGAGACUCUUCUUCCUCAUUCAUUCUUCACAUAAACACCAUCAUCUCUUUAUUUCUUCCUCCAACACCCCUCCUUUCUGAAUUAAAUCCAUUUUUAUACCCAUAUCUCUAUAUCUAUAUCUAUAUCUAUAUCUAUAUCCAUAUCAUAUUUGUUGUCAGAUAGGGGGCCUGUAAAUAUGAUGAAGAUUGAGGGUAUGAUGGAAAAAGGGGUGUUGGAUGAUAUCAUAAGGAGAUUGUUAGAAGGUAAAGGAGGGAAACAGGUGCAGUUAUCUGAGGCAGAGAUUCGUCAGCUAUGCAUUAACUCCAGACAAAUCUUCCUUUCCCAGCCUAAUCUCCUUCACCUCCGUGCUCCCAUCAGGAUUUGUGGUGAUAUACAUGGUCAAUACCAAGACCUAUUGAGGCUAUUCGAAUACGGUGGUUUUCCGCCCUCUGCAAAUUAUCUCUUUCUUGGUGAUUAUGUUGAUCGAGGGAAGCAAAGUUUGGAGACGAUAUGUUUAUUGCUUGCUUUCAAGAUAAGGUAUCCUGAUAAAGUGUUCCUCUUGAGAGGAAACCAUGAAGAUCCCAAAAUUAAUCGAAUUUAUGGGUUCUAUGAUGAAUGUAAAAGGAGAUUUAAUGUCCGUCUUUGGAAGAUAUUUACGGACUGCUUUAACUGUUUGCCUAUUGCUGCAAUAGUCGACGAAAAGAUCCUUUGCAUGCAUGGAGGACUUUCCCCGGAUCUUGAGAAAUUAAGUCAAAUAGAGGAACUUGAGAGGCCUACGGAAAUCCCAGAUAAUGGGCUCCUGUGUGAUCUACUGUGGUCUGAUCCUACUCACGUAGCGGAUGGCUGGUCGGAUAGUGAUCGAGGUGUUUCAUGUACUUUUGGAGCUGAUAUCGUUCAUGAAUUUCUUAGGAAGAACAAUCUGGACCUUAUUUGCAGAGGUCAUCAGGUGGUAGAGGACGGCUAUGAGUUUUUCGCAAAAAGAAGACUCGUUACAAUAUUUUCAGCUCCAAACUAUGGAGGAGAGUUUGACAAUGUGGGUGCAUUAUUGAGCGUUGAUGAAUCUUUGGUGUGUUCUUUUGAGAUCCUGAAACCAAUUGAUAAUGGGCAAAAACCGGGCACUUCUAAGGUGCCUCUUAAAAAGCCACCCAAAAUGGGAGCAGCCUAACAUGAAGAGGUUGUGUGAAUUAGGAAAUGAACAAUAAGUUUGAUUAUUUGGGAGGAUGAAAGCAGCAGGCCAUAGGAACUGAGAUGCAAUCAAGGAAUACCCUUUUUUAGGUUUAAAAAAGUGAAUAGAUGUGAGUUAUGAUUUUCCAUUUUUCUUGUGGAGAUGAUGAUGAUGAUGUGUUGUGGCCUCUUGAGAUCCCUUUGCAAUUUGGUUCAUUGUUUGUUUGAUGAUCCAUUGGCUUCUACCUCAUCUUCUUGUACCUUAUUUUGAAAUUCAUAAUUUGAAUUUGAAUUUGAAUUUGGGUUUUGAUCA